GAGGCAUAAAAAAUGCUAACAGACGUCUUUAUCGUUUUCUCUCUCUCUCUCUCUGUUCAUCUGUCCACUUACUGUAAAACAAGGCCUCUUUUUGUCUUCGACUUCAUCAGACUCACAUGUUUCAAAGAGGAGGGGAAGAGAUAGGUGGGACAGAUGAGAGAGAGAGAAGGAAAGAAAGAAUAGUGAUAGAAAGACAGUCUCAGAAUCAGAGAGCUCUCAUGUCAUUUCUAACCAUAUCUAAAUAUACAAGUGUGACAUUUAAUUUACUUGUAAAACUGUCAGUUUGAGCAAGGAAACUCAACUAGAACAAGGAUCUGAAUUGCCAGUCUUGGAUUUGGAUAUGGAAGAGCAUCAGAUCACGGAGAAUGGCAAGAUACAGGGUACGGGGAAUGACAUUGAUGCCAUAGACUUUCAGUUGCAGGCAAUGUGGGUGGAGCUAAAAUCAGGAGUUGGAAGUGUGGUUGAAGAUUUUGCCACCCUACGGCAAACCUACAGCCGACUGGAAGAGAAAGUCUCCAGCUAUCAGCAAGACACCAAUGACAAGAUUCUAUCUCUCAGAAACACACUUAACACACUGCAGGAAGAUGUAAGUACAGCUCUCACACAGCUUUCUGAAGUUAGAAGCAACCAAAAAGACCUACAGCGGGACCUGGACCUCAUGCAGAGCACACAGCACAGGAAAGGCUCCAGGGGGGAGGGGUCGGUGGAUGGACACGCCUCUCUGAAUAGCCAAACAGAGAUCAGCCUCAUUCAGCAUUACAUCAGCAGCCUAUCAGCCAAUCCGAACCCUUUCCCUGAGCAUGAUGGACAAAAGAAGUCUCCAGUGUGGAGGGAGAGGAAAAACAGCCGAGAAUUAAACAACUCAACAAUAAUUUGUUCAUAUGUCUUCUCAGCUCAGAGGCAGGCGGCAGCGCUGGAGCUGUUGGAGUCUGAGAGAGUGUAUGUGUCGUAUCUCUCACUCCUGUUAAAGGCCAACAUCAGCUUUAACGGCUCCGAGAAUGUCAACCUCAAAGACAAACGGCCUUUCCCUCCCUCUCUGCGCUUCUUGAUUCAGCAGCAUCUGGAGCUCCUGCAUCUCCUCCAGGAGAGAGUGCUUAAGAGCCACUGGCAAGGCAUCAUGGGGGAUGUAUUUCUAAGGCUCACCAGCAAAGAAAGUGAUUUUCUGGACCAUUAUGUAUCGUAUCUACGUGACCUGCCAGAAUGCUUGACGGUUGUUAGUCUGUUCUCCUCUUCAAAAUCAGGCAGCUUACUGGAGAGUGACAUGACAGGGGACGAGACGCGUCCAACACUGUACUCUCUGCUUCUACAGCCUGUCCAACGUAUCCCAGAAUACCACACACUCCUGCAGAGUCUCCUGCAGCAGACAGAGUCGGAGCAUCCUGAUUAUUACCUGUUACUGGUAUCAGUGCAACAGCUUCGAUCCUUCAUGACGCAGUACAACCAUCUGCUACAGCACAACCAGGAGCUCCUCACACACAGCCACGCCCUGCGAGAACACACACACAACCUGUGCACACACCAGCAGGAGAGACCCUCACACACGCGCAAAGAGCUCAGCAGGUCUACAGUGAGACAGCUGUAUAAAGUCGACUAUGAGAAGAAUUACAGCAGCAGCAGCACACAAAAUGAUGCAUCUCGACGUAACAAGCGCUACCCUGACUAUGAAGCGGCCCCCUAUCACUACGACCCAGAAGUCCCAUCUCCUGUGUCAUUCCUAUCUGACUCUGACUCUCGCCACAAAGCUAUUUCAGUUCCCUUGCGCAGCAUCCCAGAAACAGAGGGAGCAGGAUCUGUGCUCGCUGAUGCUCUGGGGCCGCUCUAUCCCUAUGGGGCCGGAGACUCUCGCUGCUCAAGCCCCUCUCAUUCAUCCGACUCCAGCAUUGAUAUUGCUUUUGUGCGCUGCAGUCCUUCCCACAGUCCACCUCGACAGUCCCACAACAGAGGCCGCAGUGCUGGCGGUGUUGUUUACAGGCCGAACAGAACCUGUGUGUCCCCCGACUCGGCUGAUAUUGUAAGACCACGCCCCCUACAGGCGGUGCAGAGGAAGAGCAAGUCACUGAACGGCCUGCAGAUGGACAGCAUUGAUAGCCUUAACAGCCAGACGAAAAACCCAGCCCAUCCAAGGCUGGAGCGCCAGUCAAGUGGCAAAGCAAGACUGAGAGCCAGCAGUCCAAAACACAGAUACGAGACACAUACUGACACAGAGGAGCAACCACGACUAACACACCAAAAGGACUCUAGAAGCCUGGUGUGGGAGGAGCUCAAGUUGAGGGGCGUGUCUGACGACUAUGAGCACACCCCAUUGAGUGAACGUAGUAGGAAAGAAGGAAAAGGAUUUAGGAACUCCUUCAAAAAACUCUUUAAAAAGAAGUCUAAUGAUGGAAAGGAGAAGACAACAGUGAAAGCUGAGUGUCAAAGCAGCGGAGAGCUGGAGACCAUCAAAACCCUUCAAACGGUAGACAUUGACAGAGGAACUGCUGUUUAAGCUCCAACAUUAGUGCUUCUCCAUUGGUUUUGCUUCCAGGCAAAUCUUUCACACAACCCCAAAGAGUGAUCUGAUGUGCUUUUUGGUCUUUAGUGUUUGUUCAUUCAUUUUCCUUCGGCUUAGUCCCUUUAUUCAUCAGGGGUCGCCACAGCGGAAUGAACCGCCAACUUAUCCAGCAUGUUUUACACAGCGGAUGCCUAUCCCGCUGCAACACAGUACUAGGAAACACCCAUACAUUCUCACGUUCACACACAUACACUACAGCCAAUUUAGUUUAUUCAAUUCACCUAUAGCGCAUGUCCUUGGACUGUGGGGGAAACCACGCGACCACAGGGAGAACAUGCAAACUCUGCACAGAAAUGCCAACUGCCAAAUGCCAACUAGCCACCGUGUAGCCCUGUCUUUAGUGUUUGGUUUUUAAAUUUCUCUUGACUGCUAAUGGUUUGAUGCCUUUGGGAAUCACUAAUGCACAGUAUAAAACACCUUGUGGUUGACAAAGUUCUUAAUAAUAGUCUAGCUGUAAGUGAACCUGGGUUUCUUUCGUGAUUUUAGAGGUUGAGGAAGAUAUGACACAAAAGCCCAUCAAAAUAAAGGUUGAAGUGGUAUCAAAAUGCGGACUUUGUUGGAAGCAAAACUUUUACCAUUAGUAACAAAUGGGAAGUAUUUUCUCUAUGGUUUUAAGAUUGUUUAUUUCCAGCUGUUUACAAUUCAAAUUGAGCUACUGUAUGUAGCUAUAGCUCAUUUGAGAAUCGCUGUUCAAAAGUUGAGCGCAAACUGCUUGAUAAAAUCCUUGAACACAAAUUACUUUGCAUGCUGAAGUCAAACUUAAUAAGAAACAUUAUUUAUAUGCAUUAUUUAUGUAAAUAUAUAAUUACUCAAAAAGGCAUAUUCAUCUAUAUCUUCAGGUAUCUUAGUUAAGGCUGCUCUGUGUCUGCCCAAAUUCAGUGUUCAGAUGUAAUGCUGCAUAAAAAGCCCAAUUACAUCAUUGCCUGCCCAGACCCACCCUACAGUUGGAAUUGCUUGUAAAUACAUUCAUGCCAACUUCAAGCAGAAUUAACAUCCAGUGUAAAGACACUAAUACCACUUCAGAUGCAUAAGAUGCAACCUCUGUAGUGUGCAUGUGACAAUUGUUCAGUUUAAGCUGGGUCACAGAAACAGGGUACACUAUAAAAGACUAUAUCUGAAAAAAAAUGUGUUGAAUACUUAUACUUUCAAUAUAAAAAUAAAACACAAUGAAAAGAAAAUCUACUUUGUAAAUGUAUAUGUAACAAUAAAAUAACAAUAUUUCAUGCAA